CCGCAAAUGAUCAACCCGCCUUUGGUGCCCUCCCAUCUUUCCAUCAACACAGCUCUGGUUCUCUUUCAUGCUCUAAUCGAUUCGCCAUUUAGAAGCUGCUUGCCUUUGCGGUUCCAUCUUAUUGAUUUGUUCUCUGGAUGCCGACAAAAUAGUCCGGCCUCUAAAUUCUCCACGGAAGCUGCUGGGUCCAAAGUCGGCUGAUAUCAUCUUGCCCUGUCGUUCUUCGUCUGAACUCUGCUUUCGACUAACAAGCUUAUGCGUCCUCUGUGUAGAACCUGCAUGCGAACUGACCGCCUUAGAAUCAUGGUAUAUCAUUGAUUCGCCUUUUCUUUGCCCCUCUCCCUUCGUCAUCAUCGGCAUAAAUCUUGCUUGGGAGAGCUAGUGAUCUGCUGCGAACUGUUUCUUCGAAAAUGAGCAGUCGCUGUCUCGACAGUGUGACCUAAAGGGGUGCAACUAUUUCAAAACUAUGGCCAGGGUAUCUCGAAGGCCCGUCUCGGCCUUUGGCAGUCGGGCUCAUAGUCGAGCGGCUCGAAGAAACACUGGGAAACAUAAGGUCGUUUUGGAGUCUGUGACCCAGGAGAAAAGGAAGCUUCGGAGUGUUAUCUCGUUCGAAGCAAAUGCCCCACCUGGAUACACAUUUAUUCCCGCAGGCAAUCCCCAGCUUACAACGGCGUGCAAGGAGUCUUGCCGGAAGGAUGGAUUGAAGGUUUUUGCGGUUACGACGACCCCGCACAUGAACACACACAAUCUUUCUCAGCAUGUGCAUAGGAUAGGGUAUCAUUUCCCUAGCGCUGUUGUAGCCUCCGUCUGUAUGGAUUUGGGUCUAUACCUCACAUCGAUGGGGAAAGCGAUUCCGUUUCAAGGGUUUGGUGAUGUGAAACGCCAUGCCCGAAAUCUUUCUGGGAUUUCGCAGAUGACCAUUGACAGCGAAGCGACGGAUGUGCUAAGGGAUCUUUUCCCCAACAUACCAGAUCAUGAUUUGAAUCAGAUAAUUAAAACAGCAUUUCAAAAGGGUCAACGCAAAGUUGGCACGGCCGUGGAAUUGCCCUUGGCCCGUCGUGCGCAACUAGCGGUCGUAGCACAUAUCCGACAUAUCUACACGGAUUACGAUCGUCUUCUGAAAACCACCUCGUUCCAUGAAGCGAGAAGCCUCGUCGAAGAAUCCACUCUGGCCAAAUUAGUAGAGUGGAGGGGAGACGAUGAAAACGGGAAGACAGUUCUCGAAGAUGUUUUUCGUGAGGUUAUUGUCAUAUCCGACGAUGAAGAGAGUGAGGCAGAGGAAGCUCUCCGGUCUGAUGAUCGAGAUUAUAGUGUGGAAGUUGUUUCGAGCCACCCGCGAGCCGAGGAGCUUCGGACAAAAUCUGUUAAUUAUGCCACCCACACUCAGGAAUCCCAGCUGGAUCUCCAGGAGGAUGAGCCGCCACCAGGCUAUCGGUUUGUCCCAGAAAUUUCCAGGAAGGACAGGAUCGAUCGCCGAGGCUUCAGCAGAUACCAAGCCUGGGAUCGUGCCAUCAAUCGGUAUAGGGGUAUAGCCAACGAGGCCAGCCAGCGCAGAGUGGGAAAUGGCCCGACGGGCCCCCGCAGACCCUUGGACCCCGUGCAGGAACAUGCACGCGGUAAUAUCAAUCUUGAGUCACAGUGUUCUUCAAGCCGGACUACACAACCCCAUCAUGUGUCCAUUGCGCAUUCUAUGCCUCAUUCCAGGAUUUCCAAUUCCGGUCUCGGAAGCUCCGUACCCAGUCCACCAGUCGAGCGUUAUGUAAAUGUCCGGGGAAUGUCCUCCUACCAGCCAUCCUGGCCAAAACCAAGACCCAUGGAUGAAAAGGGGAGGUAUGAAAUUCCGCCCACAUUGACUCAGGCCGAUCAACAACAUCCAUUGGUUGAGCCGUACAGGCAAAUGAGGGAGGUGUUCCCAGCCGCCAGCAUCACUACCACAGAUAAGUCCCUUGCAUCACGACCAGAGAAAUAUACUAUCCACCAAGGUGGUGCUCCGGAUGCCCCUGUGUUUGUUAGCGGCCCAAGACAGCUUCAGGAACGUGGUGACUUCAUCGGUCAUAAUGCAAGAGCUCCAGGUCUCUCACGCACCAGGACAAAUAUGGACCCCCAGGAUCAUGUAUUACCAUCUAUCGAACCCCCCUAUUCUGCGGAGUAUCAGCGCGCACAGACUGGCCAAAUAGAACAACUGACCCGAAAGAUGUCUGGAGAAUUCUCUAUCCGCUCAGAAACGCCGCACUGGGUUAUUCAUGACAAGCCACGUCAGCCCAUGGAGUACAAUAUCCAGGAUCAUGCCCCUAAGCGUAGGCGUGUGGCUUAUUGUGAGCCUUUAUACCUCGACAACAGCCGACAGGAUGUUGAUACUCUUCCUGUUGUGACUACCCGCGCAGGAGAGCAUCAUGUUCCGCCGUCCUAUGUCCCUCGGGGCCAGGUCUCCUACCGAGAUGACCCUAUCCACCAUCAGAGGCGCGUUCCUCAGGCGCCACCAUCCUACGUCAUGGGGCAGUCUUUAGAAAGUGGCCGAGAACCCUUCCUUCAAGACUCUUAUGCACAGCGGGAAGUCGUAUUACCCCGGACCCAACGGGAAGAUGUUGGGGGCCAGUCGAUCACACAAGAACGGCGCCCUGAUCUUCAUCCCUAUCACAGAAUUCCAGAACCUCCCCGCGUCUUGCCUGAAGCUAGACAUCCUGUUCCUGCAAAUAAUGCCCACGAUCGAUACAUUUCUAUUCGGUCUCCGAAGUCUGGGAAACACACAUUUUACCGAAGUGAUCUUCGUUAUGAAGUCGGCGCCGUCGAAGCGCCUGAAAAGCCACAACCAUAUGAACGAGCCCAGCACAUCAGGGCCAACGUUCCUACCUCUAUGUCGCCCGAAGUCCAUGAAAGAAGAAGACACUACGCCGACGAUUUCGUCCGCGGCGUUGACCUGCGAGACUCAGCCUCAUCUAGAUACAUCCCCCAGCAUCGUUUCCCGCUUAGCAACACUGAAACUCAUCAUCAACCGGUUCACGUUCAAUUUGUGGAAGAACGUCAAAUAAAUAUCCCCCCGGAUAAUACAGCAUCAAGGCCGCCUCAAGAGCGGACCUAUUCGGAUUCCCACCUUAGGCAUGCUGGUCAUGCAUAUACUGUUGUACAUGAACGAGAUGCAAAUAAUCGUGGCCUCAGGUCUUUCGAGGCGUCUCCUGCAGGUCACUACCACGAGAGAAGAGGCGGGCCUCCUCUUCAACCUGUACGGCCAACUCACGAGCAACCGCAACCGCCGUCUGGAAGAGAUCAACUUCCGCAUUUUUACUCAAGGGCAAGCGAGCAUCCUACACGGAGGCUUUUGGUCCGAGAUCCAUCGGUUGUCAUUGUCGAUUAGCUACAUCUAAAUGGCCUUGGGGGUGGCAUUCUAAGGAGAUGAUGAGCACAUUCUUAAUGUCAUCGUAUCGGUACGGAUUGUGAAGGAGGCGUAUCUCAUAUGCACGCACAUACAUAGAAGUGAGAAAUACAAACUUCUUG